AAGAAGCAUGAUUCGUAUGCUGGAGAACGAGGCCACGACACGAUUCUUGAAUUCUUCUGUUCUCGCGUACCAAACAAAAACAUCUUACAUAAGGCCCUUAAUGAAAUUAUUUUAUUCCACUUUAGUGGGAUCUGCCGAACGAGAGGCACCCAGAAGAUCCUCUACAGCGGGACAUUGUCGUUGAUAUUUGGACUUUUCCUCACAUUUUCGCCAAUUCCAAACGGUAACGUCAUUUGUUUGCUAGAAUCGUCAUGGCUGAUGAUUUUGAUGUUGAGGCCAUGCUGGAGGCGCCGUACAGAAAGGAUGAGGUCAAGUCUUCUCAUGCAAACGGACACGAUGGCCAGAACAGGAAGAAGAGGCGGAGCAAGAGCCGAAGUCCAGGCUCCAAAAAAAGAAGGAGCCGAAGCAGAGACAGGAAGAAGGCCAAGAAGAGGAGCAAGAGCCGAGAAAGGAAGCCAAGCCAGAGCAGGGAACGCCAUCGUAGCCGCUCUCGAAGUAGGGAGCGCGCUGGGCGCUACAAAGCCCGCAAGAGCCCAGUAAAGAAGCGGUCCAAAAGUCCUUUCAAAAAAGAGAAGAGUCCAAUAAGGCAACCAAUUGACAACCUAACACCAGAGGAGCGAGAUGCCCGCACCGUUUUCUGUAUGCAGCUGGCUGCUAGAAUCAGAGCUCGAGACUUGGAGGAUUUCUUCUCGGCUGUGGGAAAAGUAAGAGAUGUGAGAAUGAUAUCUGACCGCAAUUCCCGGAGAUCGAAGGGGAUCGCCUACAUUGAGUUUGUGGAGUCGUCUUCUGUGCCCCUGGCCAUAGGACUGACUGGCCAGCGCCUCUUGGGGGUGCCCAUCAUUGUCCAGGCAUCUCAGGCAGAAAAAAAUCGAGCUGCUGCAGCCGCUAAUAAUCUUCAGAAGGGCAGUGCGGGUCCUAUGCGGCUGUACGUGGGCUCGCUGCACUUUAACAUUACGGAGGAAAUGUUGCGAGGGAUCUUUGAGCCCUUUGGAAAGAUUGAAGGAAUUCAGCUCAUGAUGGACAGUGAAACUGGUCGCUCCAAAGGAUACGGCUUUAUAUCAUUUGCAGAUGCAGAGUGCGCAAAAAAAGCCUUGGAGCAACUGAAUGGCUUCGAGCUGGCCGGCCGGCCAAUGAAGGUGGGCCACGUCACAGAACGCUCAGACGCAUCCACAGCAAGCUCGUUCCUGGACAAUGAUGAGCUGGAACGGACUGGCAUCGACCUCGGCACCACUGGUCGCCUGCAGCUCAUGGCACGACUCGCUGAAGGAACUGGUCUAAAGAUUCCCCCUGCUGCUCAGCAGGCUCUGCAGAUGACUGGCUCCAUAUCCUAUGGAAACAUGGGCACACCAGCAGAAGAUACACCAAGUACUCUCCUGCCUGCCUCUCUGAUCACCUUGGCUGCAGUGGUCCAGUCUUCUGGAAGCUCCUCCUGUCCACCGAGAGCCUGUCUCACCUCUUCCCGAAAAGCUGCAAAACACUCGUCCUGUCUCAGCAUCCACCACAUGGUUCUCUGCUCUGCCUUUGUCUUCCUAAUCUUCCUCCCCACCACCAGAGUCAUCUUACACACCACCAUCCUAUGCUGUCUAGCCACACUUUCCCCUACCACUACCUUAAAGUCGGUAACCUCCUUCAGAUUACAUCAUCUGCACAAGAUGUAAUCCACCUGCGUGCUUCUACCUCCGCUCUUUUAGGUCACCCUAUGUUCUUGCCUCUUCUGGAAAAAAAUUGUUCACUACAGCCAUUUGCAUCCUUUUUGCAAAGUCUACCACCAUCUGUCCCUCCAAGUUCCUUUCCUGGAUGCCGUACUUACCCAUCAGUUCUUCAUCACUCCUGUUUCCUUCACCAACAUGUCCAUUACAAUCUGCACCAAUCACGACUCUCUCUCUGUCUGGGAUGCUCAGAACUACUUCGUCUAGCUCCUUCCAGAAUUUAUUUCACCUCCAGGUCACAUCCUACCUGUGGGGCAUAGCCACUAAUCACAUUAUACAUAACACCCUCAAUUUCAAGUUUUAGCCUCAUCACUCGAUCUGAUACUCUAUUUACUCGCAUUUAGAUGGCUUACCAGAAAAAUCGUAUUUAGAGAUAUCCAGACAGUAUAUCAUGGAUAUUAUAGCAGCAAUAGUGGAGAGGAAAAUUGAAAAAGUCAUCAAAUUUAAUGGGGCAUACACAAUCAAUACACUAAGGUAAUAGUAAAAACAUCAAUUUUAACAUUCAAACAUAGAGAAAACAAUCGUAUAACCAUAUGGGCUAACAGUGUGUACGAAGUUCAGCACGAAAAGGAGAAAAUAUUUCAUUUGAUUUCAGCAGGUAUUUUGGAUGAUUGCUUUUAUACAUAUACUGUAUGUAGACAACUAUCAAAAACAACAAGUAGUUUCUAAUCACAUACGAUGUCGUCAACUGAGCAGCAGGGCUCCACUUGGCUUCAGAUUGUUAAUUCCCGUUUAAACAUGUUAACAUUAAACAAUGUUGAAGCCCGAAGAUAAGAGCUGCCCGUGAGCCACGGCUGAAGCAGUGCCGCGAUGAGGCGGCAAUUAAAUGGGCAUGAAAAUGAGAAAAUACCUUUUGACUGAAGCAUUUAAGAUGUGGAAGAUUUCACUUACACAUAAUAAUAUACAUCACUGUAUAUUGACAACUAUUAAAAGAGAGAGGGGGAAAAAAGCCAUUAUUCCACAUCGGAUGCCCAAGCUGCUCCGAGCCAUUGGUGGCUCUCUGCAUAAUAAGGAAUAAAUACUUACAUAAUGUCAUCUUAUCGGUAACAAUUCCUCUGCACACUAAAUUAACAAUGGUCUCAAAUGCUUUGUUGAGAAAAUUAUCAUGUGGCCUCAUAGAAAACUUAUUUAAAAAUGAAAUUGAUCUUAAACUCUUCAUGGCCAAAGAGGCUUCAUAGACCAAUACUCCAAGGUAAAAAAACAAACAAACAUACAUUCUAACAUUCAAACAUAGUUAAAAAAAAAAAAAAAAAGUAUCAUCAUAUGGGCCAA